AUGAAGUUUUUCGCCUCGUUCCUUUUGGUCAUCCUCGCCUCUGUCGUAGUCGUACAGGCCAGCGUUCAGCCUACGCCGGCUCCUCGCGUCGAGAAGAGGCAGAGCUUUGAUCCAUACAACCUCUCGCAAUACACCAACUCAGCGGCACUCUCGUCACUGUCAAACUUCAUCAACUCGCAGUUUGGCGGACUUGAGUCGCUCUCACUUCCUGCUGGCCAGUCUUCAUUCAUCGCUUCUCAGAGGAGCGACGCCUACUCUUACCUUUCAGUCGCUUCAUCGAUCCUUGCUAAUGGAGGGGCUAGCAACUCGAACCUGGGCUCUAUCCUGGGCUCCAUCACCAGAUCUGCUAGCGGUGCUCUCAGCAGCAUCUCUAACGCUGCUGCAUCGGCUGCAAGUGCUGCCUCCACCGGGGCCGCCCCCUCGGGCUCUUCCAACGCGGCUGCGACUGCAUUGGGCCCUAUGCCGGGCUACUUUGCUGGCAUGGUCGCCUGCACUUUCGUCGCUGCCCUCGCUGGUGUCUUUGCUUUGUAG